AUGGAUUCAAUGGAUGUCAAAACCUUGGAAAUGUUGGGAAACUAUUUCGGCAGUGAUACUCUAAAGAAAACAGCCGUUUAUGAAUGGCAUGAACGCUUCAAAAGUGAUCGUGAAUCCGUCGAGGAUGACGAACGCAGUAGCAGGUCGACAUCGAAAACCGACGAAAACAUCAAUAAAUUUUCGUGGAUUACAAACGAUAUUGUACAUCACGAAUUUUUGCCAGAAGGUCAGACAGUUAAUAAGGAGUAUUAUUUGGACGUUAUGAGACGUUUACGUGAAGCAGUUCACCAAAAAAGAAAGGAUUUGUGGGCAAACAACUCGUGGAUUUUGCACCAUGAUAACGCACCAUCGCACGGUGCACAUCAUUAUCCGUGA